AUGUUAAUUUUAGUUAAAACUUCAACAAUAACAUUUUCAUUGGAUGUUCAAAGAGAAGAUGGAAUUGAUGUAUUAUACAAUAAAGUUGCAGAAAGAUCAGGUCAAAAAGUAUUUCAAUUUUCAUUAAUAUAUGCUGGUGAUGUUUUAUCAAAUAGUACAAGUAAAAACACGAUUGGAGCAUGUGGUAUUAAAACAGAGAGUACAGUUCAUAUGAUCAUUAUUAAAGAAUUCAAAUUAACAAUUCAAUAUCUUGAUAAAUCAUAUCCAAUUCUUGUUCCAAAUAAUGAAGGAUUAAAAAUAUCAACUUUGAAAUUCCAAAUUAAAAAUUCAUUACAAGAGGUUAUUGAUGGUUUAGAAAGUAAAUCAGUUAAUGGAAUAGUUUUAUCAAAGAAUGAAAUUGAAUUGAAUAAUUCAUCAUCUUUACAAAGUGUAUUAAAUAAUGGUGAUAUGGUUGAAAUGAAAUUAAUUGAAGAAAUUAUAAUUCCACCAACUACAACAACAACAACAACAACAACAACAUCAUCACCAUCAAAUUAUUUAGAAGAAAAAAAGAGAAAAGAAAAAGAAAUUCAAGAUGAAAAUGAUAGAUUAUUAAAAUCAUUUAUUGAAAAUAAUGAAUCAAUUACAUCAGAUGUUGAAAUUAUGUUUUGUUUUGAUACAACUGGUAGUAUGUAUCCAAUUAUUGAAAAUGUAAGAAAAGAAGUUACAAAAACUGUUAAAUGUUUAAUUAAAGAUAUACCAAAUAUUAAAAUUGGUAUAAUGGGAUUAGGAGAUUAUUGUGAUGGUGAAAAUUUAAUUAAAACUUUAGAUUUAACUUCAAAAGAAAGUGAUAUUAUAACAUUCAUUAAAGAGAUUCCAAGAACUAGUGGAGGUGAUUGUCCAGAAGCAUAUGAAUAUGCAUUGCUAAAAGCAAAACAAUUAUCUUGGUCAUCUCAUACUUCAAAAGCAUUUGUAUUAAUUGGUGAUAAUGUUCCUCAUGAACCAUCUUAUACAAAUUUAAAUAUUAAUUGGUUUAAAGAAUGUGAUGAUCUUUAUAAUAUGGGUAUUAAAAUUUAUGGUGUUAAAGCAGGAACAGAUAGUUCAGUAUCUUGUUUUUAUCAAGAGAUUGCAGAAAGAACAUCUGGAAUUUCAAUUGAUUUUAAAAACUUUGAUUUAAUCACUCGUUUAUUUUUAGCAAUUUGUUAUAGGGAAUCAUCAAAAACUCAAUUUGAAAAAUAUAAAUCUGAUAUUAAAAAUGAUAAAGAUAGUAAUUUAUCUAAAAUAUUGGAUGAUUUAAAUAAAGAUAAUUAUGAAGUUAUAAAAUCUGAUGAAAUUAAAAAAGAUAAUAAUAAUAAUAAUAGUAGUAAUAAUAAUAAUAACAAUAAUAAUAAUAAUAACGAUGGUGCAUCAUCAAGUACAAAUAAUGAAGAAAAAAAUAAAGUUAUUGUUAGAGAUUAUGGUAAACCAAUAAACUUGAAAUCAAGUCAAAAAUGGUUCAACCAUGAAAUUGAUAUAAAUAGAAAACCUCAAUACAUAUAUAGCAAUAGUUUAAAAUACUUUGUCUUUCAUACUGAAAGCAAAGGAUCAAGAUGUAAUUUAAUGUAA